AUGUCGUCGAAGUCAAAACAAGCGAUUUGGAACAGAAAACAAGUAAAAUGUUUAAUAGAAGCGGUAGAAGCAAGGGAGUUGUUUAUGGAACGACUCAACUCCCUGCCUUUUUUCAAGACAGUAUCGAAUUCGAUACACCUGCCCCUCCCUAUAGUCGAGUUGGAAGAAAAAUCCCAAAAUGACAUACUCACUUCGUUGUACUUGAUGCGCAGUGAGGACAAAGCUCCUCACAAACGACAGUCUACGCGCAUCAGAGGUUCCUUUACUUGUUCGAAAUGCAACAGGAACUACAUUAGGAAGGAUUCCUUGCAAAGACACCAGACGUAUGAGUGCGACAAGGAACCACAGUUCCCUUGUCCUUUUUGUCCGCAAAAAUGCAAAAGACGGACACAUCAAAUAAGACAUAUAAAAAGACAGCAUCCCGAUCAGUUGGGAAUAUUGAAAGAAAAUAAUCCUGAACUGAAAACUGACUUGUUGGGAUCUGAAAAUGACUGA